GUUUUGACGAAUUAGAUUCUGUACCCUCAUUGAUUGGCUGAAAAUUCUAAGAUUGACUUCAAGGCAGCCUGAUGAGCAGGAAUGCUUGACGUAUCCACAUCUAGCCUCGUGCGACUUCGCGAUGAGCAAGAGAGAGCAACAGCUCGAAGCUGAGUGCGAAGAUCUGCGCUGGUGAAUACUUCUUGAUGUCAAUUGGAGGAUUCCAGAAUCUUGAGGCUGGAUCUGUUGUUGCUGCGAUGUAGUGAGCUGCAGGUGAUGGAAGAGCUCGUCCAGCGGUACCAAGACGAGCUCGCGGCUGUUCGGAACGCGAACUGUUUCCGGCAUAACCCCAGAAACGCCCCGGACGUGUAUCGCGUCGAGGAGGAGCUAUUUGAGAACCAGAAUCUGGCGUCGAGGGGCUCCGCCAUGCGCAUUUCGAGGGUGGAGUUGCCAGUGCUGUGUCGAGCCAACGGCGAGGAAACGCGGUUUAGCGAGGUGGAGUUGCCGUCGCAAAACUGGGAGUGGGUAUCCGAUUGGCAUUGCGAUGUCCAUGCUCAGACGGACGAGAGCGGGUGGAUGUACGCAGAGUCGUGGGAGCAACUGCGAGAUAUCAAUCAGCUUCACCGAAGUGAGCACACCAUGAGUGCACGAGUGCGGCAGCGUCGGUGGAAACGGGAGCGAAUGCUGGCUCGGUGUACAGGUUUACCUGCUGCACUAAACGAGAAUCUGCUGACGAAAAGCAGACUAGCUGCUGUGCGCUUUGCCAACGAGAAGCUAACGCAACAGCUUCUCCGCGCAAACACGCGCAUUGAAGAACUUGAAAAACGAGACAAAAUCUACGAAGCGCAUAUGCUCAAACUUCAGCAAGUUGCGGAAGAGCUGUCGAGCGACCUGUACGCACGAUCCUUCGAUCUGCACGACCCUGUAGCGGUACCAUACACCGUUUCCAAGAGCGCCGAGGUGUUAAAGCAGACAGAGGCACUUCUGGGUGACAUGCUGAUGGAGCAGGGGCUCGCGCGUUUGGACACUCUGGCUGUUACGAGCGAGGUGCAGCGUCGGAGAUCUGAAAUUUUGGCUGCGUGCGAGAACGAGCUCCAGAAUACGAUGGAUGAGUUCAACGACCUUGCGCGCACACUGGAGCGGCGACAGACGCCACCUCCCAAGCAGUAGCAGUAUCUAUGAGCAAGUGGUUGAAGUGAUGUAGGUAUCUUAAUUCAGUUCAUUUAAUUCAACAGUAGUAAAAUUUAUUGACCAAUCAGAAU